AUGGGCUGCGUCAACGACAGCGACUCAUCUUUCCUCCGACUUUAUACAGCCAAGGGUGCCCAUGACCUUGACCCGGUAACCUGCUCUGUGCGCUGUCUGGAUGAGGGUGUGCUGUACUUGCCUGUUGGAGGCGAACAGGGGAUUGUGGCACUCUACAGAACUGAAGGACCAUUUCUGCACAGCCUUAGUCUGUCCUCCUCUGUAGACAGAGUGCAGGCUGGGAAGACUUUUGUUGUGGAAGUUUCUGGAAACCUGGCAGGACGCCCCAACCAGCCCACAGGUAUUCGGAGUCUGGGACAGCAGGACCUCUUUUAUGUCACUAUGGAGUUCCUGGACACGACCCCUAGAGGUCAAAGCUCACAUCAUCCCUCUCCAGAUGGCUUGGUGAUCUCUGUGCUCCACGGGCCCUUGGGCAUCCCCUCAUGUGUACAUCUGCAACAGACAGACUCGCACAGUGUGGCCAUGCAAGCAGCAUACCUGGGCGACCCUGUCACACUGCAGGCAUACGUAGUUGUGAGUCCUGCUGUUUCUGACCUUAAAGUUAGUGUUUCAAGAAAUCAUCUGAGAACCGGAGAGUGCAUUUCUGUGGAUGUGGAGCUGUUCACCACCAUGAAGCACCUACUUGCCCUCAACCUCACACUAAAUGCAGAGUAUGACCACAAUUAUGAGAACAGUGUCGAACCCAGCAGCAAAGGACAGGACAUUGAGACCUGCUGUGGGGGCAACAUUGACAUUUACAGCCGCCGCUUUGACAGCAAUAUCCUUUUUGUCCUAUCAGUGCGGAUUUAUGCAGAAAAACAAGCCUAUCCCACAAAUACAGAUAUAACUUUCCUGGCUCUGGCGGAUGUGCCAGACCUUGUAGAGUUUAUCUGGCACUUUGGAGACUCCACAUCAGCCAAAUCCACCUCAAGCACCAUCACCAAGCGAUACCACAAACCUGGCAGAUUUGAUGUAGUUGCAGUCACGUCUAGUUCUCACACAUCCAUCACCUCCGAGGUGUUCCCACUGGCAGUCGAGAGAGCAGUGAAGCUCAACAGGCUAGUCCACCAGGCCUCAGUCCUGCAGAAUGAGACAGUGACAGUAAGUUGCCGGGUCAAUGUCGGGACCAACCUCACCUUCCUCUGGAACUUUGGAGACGGAUCAUCCAGGCUGGGACAGAGCACUGAACAGCAUGUCUUCCACAGAAGAGGAGAGUUCAGAGUCAAAGUGACAGUGUCUAACCUGGUUAGCUCUGCCUCUCUGAGCAGUCACAUCUUUGUUGUGGACCGACCUUGUCAGCCUCCACCAGUCAAAAACAUGGGUCCUCUCAAACUACAGGUGCGGAGAUAUGAGGUUAUAUAUCUGGGGGUGACCUAUGAGACUGAAAUUGACUGUGACAUAUCAGGAGGUCUUCAAUACACCUGGACCCUGUUUGACUCUGCAGGCCAGACCUACUAUUUGCCUCAAACAGACACACACAGGCAGAGUCUCACACUGCAGAGCCAUCUCUUGCACUAUGACACCUACAUUGCCAUAGCCAGGGUACAAGUCAUUGGCAGUGUGGUGUACAGUAACUACAGUCUGAGAGUUCAGGUGAUGCCGAGCCCUCCUGUGGCUUUUAUCCAGGGUGGCACCAACGUCUUCAUUAACAAGAGGAACACUACUGUAGUCACCCUGGACGGGCAGAAAUCUUACGACCCUGACUUCCCCAUGAACCCACUCAGCUACAGAUGGACAUGUAAACCACUCAGCUCCAUCACCACUUCCUGUUUCAACCAAUACAUUCCCACUUCCUCACCUGUGCUUACAUUUCCUGUUAGUUUCUUAAAACACAACUUUGAUCAGUUCCAGUUCACGCUCACCAUACACAGUGGAGAGCGUUCAGCUUCAUCAGAGACCUUCCUCACAAUAAUACCAAAUCUGCUUGGGAAGGUGUCAGUUUAUUGCCCUCAUUGCCAUGGAGACCAGGUGAACUGGGAUAAGUCGUUCUCUGUCAGUACCUUCUGUGAAGACUGUAAUGUUUCCCCAAAACACAUCCACUACACCUGGAGUCUGUACUGGGUCAAUGCCUCCUCCAGGCCUGUGAUAGAAGUGGAUCUCAAUUCUCCUUCCACAAUCAUCAAGAGUCCUGAAAGUUUCCCUCAGACUCUUGAGACUUUCACCCUACAUCCAUCUGACACAGAUUCUUCACACUACACCCGAGAUGAGCCCUUUUAUCAUUCCCUGGGAAAGUUUGACCUGCCAAAGCAUCAAACCUCCACUGAAUACCCGCCACUCACCGUUGACAACAGUGGAGUCCUUCCUUCAGAGCACUUUGGCCAAAGCGACGUUAUCAGUGAAUUCCCAGGUCACUCGGACUCCUCUGCUGAGUGGGAAUUUUCUUUUGCUGUCCUGGAGAAUGGUGACAAGGGAGGACAACCAUAUUCAGAUUAUGAUGUUCCCUUCCCAAGUGCAGAGGAGGGAGACCCAGGGAUUUCAGCAGGAAGACCGACAGAUUUGGAUGGUGAGACCUUUAGUCCAGGAGAUGACUCAGUGUCUGAUCCAGCAGUAUACGAUGAGGGGAGUAAUCUGGUGGUUCCAGGAUCCACUACGGUGAUCCAGGAGCCAACUUUGCUCGAUUUGCCCCGAGACCCAGUAGACAAAGGCCUUUUUGAGUCCUACACCUACACUGGAAUUUCCUCCCCUUUUCUCAGUUUCAGACCUUUCAGUCUGAAGCCAGGGAGCAGAUACAUGUUGGAGGUCACUGCCAAAUCUCAUCAUAGUUUUCUCGGCCGGACUCAGCUAUUCUUAAAAACCAAACCUGCUCCAAAGGGCAUGACGUGCCAGGUGCAGCCGGACAAAGGGAUGGAGUUGCACACACAUUUCAGCAUCUUCUGCACCUCAGGGAAAGAGGAUUUACUGUAUGAGCACAGCUUCAGUGUAGGAAGCAGACCCCCAAAGCUGCUGUACCAGGGGAGAGAUUUCCAGUACUACUUCAGCCUGCCUUCAGGUGACCCAAGUGAUGACUAUAAAGUAACUAUUUAUAGUGAAAUCAGGAGCAGCACAUAUGGGACAGCCACUAAACCCUGUCCUGUCACCGUCCAAGUCCAACCAAGCUUCCUCAGAGACACUUCUUCCCAUGAUGAUCCUGAUCUGGAGCUUUCAGAGUCAGGUCUGAGGAACCUGUCGGCUCUGGUGCGGCUUGGGAACAGUAGGGAGAUUCGUAACUACAUCAGUCUUCUCUCCAGCAUUUUGAACAGACUCAGCCUGGACACCAAGGCCAACACACAUGCACAGAUACAUUUACGCAAUGUGCUCUUUAGCACAGUGUGUGAGCUCGAGAGCAGUGAACAGGCAUCAAUGGUAGACAGCAUCUGCGCUCUCAAAGACCUUUUACAAGUUACAAAUCAGGUAACAUUAGCAAGUGCCAGACAAGUGGCAGUUCACGUCCAGGCCAUCUCAGACCUGUUUUUGGAGUCCAGAGCUCCAGUUCAUUAUCAUCUGGACCACAGGACCCUCAACACCCUGGUUGUCCUGCUCUCAUACAUCCUGCAGGCUGCUGGUAAAAAUCAUAACUUCACACCUCAAAUGCCCAACAUGGACAAUAUUACACAAGUUUUGGAACUGGACUCACCCACAGGUGAAAAUAUAAGAAAUAGCAUUGCUUUUCCUGGCUGCAUACCAGCUUCAGCCACCAGUGAUCACAUCAAAUUGGGUGGAUCACCUGCAACAAACCAGAUGGCACAGCUUGUUGUUGAUACCCUGCAGACUGCGUCAGACCUGAUGCUGAAGUACAUUUUGUUCCACAAGGUCCAGGAGCACAGAGUCAGAACAGAUCCUAUCACCUUAUACGCCACAUACCAAAACCAAACCUCCACAGUCAUCAGCAGUGGCUCGACCACCUUCUACAUAUCUGCUUCUCUGAUCCAGCUUCUGUUUGUUCAUCACAGUGGAGGCACUGAGAGCUGGCAGCCUUGUGUGCUCAGCGUGGUGACUGAACUCGCUCGCAGCCCUUACACCUGUGUCCAACAUCCUACACAGCUCAGUGGACCAGUGGUUGACCUGAGUCUGUACAACUGCAGCGUGAGGAGAAAGAUCCCUGUUCGUUCCCUCAUUCUGCCAAUCAACGUUGAGCUGCAACAGCCACCAGGAAACAGCUCUGUGCAUGAGUACAUCCUCCUCCGCACCCAGGUCAACUACCACAGCUUCAACAUUACCCAGGACCACUUGGAGAGGGCCAUCCAGCUGAGCCUGCUGUUCACGCCACCGCCAAACAAGGUGUUUCCCAUCAUGCUGCUCUUCAGGAUGUUUGAGAGGCCGACGCCCAGCAUAAACCAUCUGCACAGAAUUCACCACUGGGAGACCAACACCAUACGCAUUACUCUGCCCCCAUCCUACCUCAAUGCUGCAGGGGUUGGUCACCUGGCACUGCUGAAUGCUGAUUUUGGGAAAGCACCCAGACACAAGUAUCUGAGUGAACAGAUCAGCUACAGUCUCACAGUUGUCAGUAGCCUGUGUUUGUCCUGGGAUGGCCACCAGGGGGCCUGGACACAUCAGGGCUGCAGGACACAGCAAGCAGACACAGCCAGUGCUGUCAACUGCAGUUGUCAUCAGUUGAGGCCGCUGACUGUGGUGCAGCACCAGAUCCAGAGCAGCCGUGACACAGCCGAUCUGGACCCGUUCCUAAGUGCUUCCUGCAAUCUGACUGUGCUGGGUGUACUGGUGCUGUGUGUGUGCCUGUACAUCCCCAGAUUGGCGGUGUGCAAGAGAGCUGAUGACAUGUUCAAGAAGAAUCGAAGAGUCCACUAUCUUUCUGACAACUCUCCAUUUGACUCAUAUCUUUAUGCCAUAACCAUCCACACUGGUCUCUGCUCUGCAGCCAAUAUGAGUGCAAAGGUUUAUAUUGUGCUGUAUGGUGAAGAUGGGUUCUCACACACAAGAGAACUACAAGUCCCAGGGUGCACUCUGUUCAGGAGGCACUCUCAAGUCACGUUUAUACUCAGCACAGCAGACAGCUUGGGUCGUAUGUGGGGGGUUCACAUCUGGCACGACAGCUCUGGACCAUCCCCAACCUGGUACCUCAGACAAGUGGAGGUAUCUGAGAUGAACAGAGGGCAUGUGAAAGGACGUGCUUGGCUCUUUGUCGGUCAGUGCUGGCUGGCUGUGAACAAAGGUGAUGGCCAGGUGGAAAGAAUGCUGCGUGUUUGCACCCAUGGAUUAGGCUUUACUAAGAUGUUGUGUUUUAAGCUAUCCAACUACUUGGCCGACUUCCACAUCUGGAUGUCUGUAUACAGCUGCCCCUGCCCUAACUUGUUCACACACACUCAAAGACUUAGUGUGUGCCUGCUGCUGCUGUUGGGAUACGCAUGCAUCAACACAGUAAUCAUAUCACAAAUAGAUUCUGAGUUGCCGUUCGAGUUGGGUAUUCUUGAUGUAUCCGCUGUCUCUGUGACAACUGGAGCAUUAAGUGUGGUGGCAGUGUUGCCCGGAGCAACAAUGAUAUCCUUCCUGUUUCGACUGCAUGAGGUCAAGCUGAGGAGGUCAGGAGUCCAACAUCAUUUUUUUUUCUUGUCUCCACACCUUCUUUCCUCUUUCUCUCUUAUUUUAUUGUUGUCUUGCGUCCUCACAGAUGCUCUUUCAGUAAAUGACAGCAUACUCCAUCUCUCUUGGAGCAGUCUUAAGCAGUGGAUGCAGGGAGCCUGGAGGAAGAAAUACCAGGGCACAGAUGUGCUCUCAUUGUCUCCUACGAUUCUGGAAAAUAAAGACACAGAUAAAGAACCUGUAAUCCAGCCAGAUGUGAUCAUAAGAAAGGAUGAUGAUCCUGCAGUAGAGCGCAGUAUGGGACCAGUACUUCAGAAUUUGUUGCUGAUUUCAGAGGAGAAUAAUGCCGAUCAAGAAAAUCAGGGAAAAGCAUUUGAUCUUUUAAGUGAAAGCAACAAAUUUCAAGGAAUCCAGAAAGAGCUUUUGUGCAACAUGAGGGAUGAAAAUCGAGCCAUUCAGAAGGAGAAAGAUCCUCAAGGAAUAUGUUCAUCGGACUGUGGCUUUGAGGAAAGCAGCCAUCACCAGGCAGCAUGGUGUGGUCACAGCAGUGGUUACCACAUAGUCGACACAAUGAAAGGGAGAAAAGUUGGACCAACAUCCCAGUGGUGUCACUAUCUGGCCUGGGCCUUAUGUCUGCUAUUGUCCCUCUCCUGCCUGGUGCUUUCUGCAGUGUUGGGAAUGAGAUUCAGCAGCAGCGAAGUUCUGAUUUGGAUACACUCGCUUUUCUUCUCCCUGAUAUCUUGCAUCUUCUUCAUCCAGCCAGCUGUGAUACUUACUGUGGCAGUUACUGUCUCCUUUUGGUACAGAAAAAGACCAGACUUUCAUACUUUCUCCAGAAUAAAAGAGUUAGAGGCUGCUCAUCAGCCAGAGGAGCAGUUCAGAAUAUCUGUUUUCCCUCAGGAAAGAUGCUCAUACCUUGAAAAGCUGCUUGCAGCUCGUCAGCGAGCCCGGUACCUACGUCUCGUGCGCCCACUGACUCCAGCUGAGCUGAGGAAAACCCGUGGGAGGAAAAGAAGAGAGAUUCUUAUCCAUAACACUCUCAGGGAUUUGUCUGUCUGUGUCUCCAUGGCUUUUCUCAUGCUGUGUGUAACAUAUGGCAGCUCAGUCAGUGACCAUUACCACCUCAAUAAAGCUGUCAGAAAACAGUUUAUAAGGAAUGAUGAUAUUGAUUUCAUGUCAAUACAAAAGCAUGAGGACUGGUGGAAGUGGACACAGACCAGUCUGCUAAAUUUGCUGUACAAGAAUGCAUCAGCCACAACUGAGCAGCAGUCACAUAUCUUGAUUGGAGAGGCAAUCCUGUGGAAGGAGGAGGCAUCCAGCUCAUUCUGGGACAAGGUCUCCAGUGUGACUCUUGUGCCAGAGGGUCUUCGCUCAUUCUUGUCAGGGAGGGGAACAUCUUCUUACCCACUUUCCAUUGUCACGACUCCCACAGCAACACCCCUAACUACAUGUGGUCACCUGGGCUGCUCCUCAUGGCCAAAUGCUACAGUUGGCUUAGGCCGCACAAAGUCUGAUGCUGCAUCCAAACUGAAUCUCCUGCAUUCAUGUGGCUGGUUGGGCAGACAGACAGUUGCCCUGAAGGUCCAGUUCACCUUGUUCAGCCCUGCACCCAAGUUGUUCACUAGUGUGACCCUGCUCACUGAGCAGAGCCCCACCAAUGUCCUGUUGCCCUCUUUCAAAGUCCAGUCAGUCAAGGUGUAUCACACUCCUGCUGUGUGGGACUAUGUUGUUAUGGUGUGCCAGCUCCUCUUUCUCCUCUUGUCUCUGCUGCAACUUUGCCAUCAGGUAUGCACCAUGAGGCAGCAAGGGUUGAUGGGAUACUGGAGGACACCCUGCAACUGGCUGGAAGUCACUCUGCUGAAUGUGAUCCUAGUGUACUAUGUGUAUUACAUCUAUCACUCCAUAAUUAUCAUGGACGUUGUGGAAGUGCUGCAGAGACACAGAGGACAUGUUGAUGUCAGCUUCUUGGCUACCUGGGAACAAGAUAUUCGUACUCUGCGUGGUCUUACACUCUUCCUUCUCAUCAUUAAGUGUAUGACUAUGUUGAGGGUGAACAGGACCUUGGCUAUCCCUGUUACACUCUUGACCCGCUCACUCUCCAGCCUCUUCUGGCCAACGAUUUCAGGUCUGAUCCUGCUGGUGGCGCUGUCUUGCGCAGGGAAUCUUCUGUUUGUACAAAGCUCCUGGGCUUUCAGCUCCAUCCCACGCUCCCUUCAGUCUCUGCUCUGUCAGUACUCGGGUCUCAGACCUGCCAGGGGCCUCCUCCUCUCUGGACAUCACUUCCUUUACAGUGGAGCUUUCUAUCUGUCUUCUACUGUGGUGUGGACAGCAGUGGUGAUAGGUGUGGUGUCCUCAUUGGUCAGAAAUGUCAGAAGAUCCCAGAGAAGGAAGGAUGUCUUCACUGUAGCAGAAUUUGCCAGCUACAUCAGAAAGAGGAUUUCUGAGUUCACUGGGCAGCGUGGAUCAACAUGGAUUGAUAACCAUGUGGAGAGCAGAACUUAUUACCUUGAAGAGUUUGAAAGCUUGGUAGAUGAGCUGCUGUUCAGACUGAGUGCCCUCUGUAACUGCCUGCACCACACCCUGCCCCCGAAAGCCCAUGACUACCUGGAGGAAGAGAGUCCCAUCACCUCACCCAUACAGGAGCCCUCCAACAUGGACACAAAGAACUUUGUAAGAACACAAAUGACAAAAGACACAAUGGUGAAUGAUCACACAGAUGUCAGUGGCCAUGGAGAAACCCUACCUGCAUCUCAGCUGAGCAGGUCCAAGCUUGAACUAGAGAUACUGCAGUUCCUGCAGCAGAGAGGCCAACAGAGAAACACUCCCUCUUCAGACAUUAUUUUAGCAUCUGAUAAUCUGCAGCAUACUGGAGAGAGAGCAGAAGAAAAUCCAAAUGACAGAGAGCUCCAGACUUAUUUUAGUGGACAAAACUGCCUGUCCCUCCCAGAGUCAGCAUCGCUCAUCAGGAUUUGGACAGAGGAUGUUGUAGAGACACAAUCUGACCAUUGGACUAAAACAAAUGAGAGUUGCUGGUUAAGUAAAACUCAGGCCACUCAUACAGAGGUGGUGGUGGAGGUUCUGGUACAUGAGGAGCCUGUAAGUGUAGAGCCAGAUAAACAGGAGGGUCUCUAUGGAGAUGACAGUUCAUGCUGGGACACUUCAAGCAAUUCCAAAAACAAGAUGUCCCAAAAGUUUGCAUAGUAAUAUCUUCUCUUCUGUUAAGAUGUAUACAAUGGUACACUAUUGUAUGUGCCCAGCAUCUAAUUAUCUUAUUUCACUAUCUCUCAAAAUAUAUUGCCUGAACCCCCAAACUACUUCUGGAACCAGUGAAAUACAUCUUACAAGACAUUUUGAUACUAGGCAAAUAGUUCAUGACUUAAUGAUUUAACAAUGGACAAUUUAUUGACAGUUUAUAAAACAAAAAGAAACCUUUGUGAUUUUUUUUUGUUUCUAGGAUGUGGAUAAAAAAAAUCAUUAAUAAAGUGAUUUUGUGAUUUUUCAUUUACAAUAAGGAUUGGAAAAACCUGCAGUUAUGAAUAUAAGUAAGUUAUAAAUAAAUGCUUUUUAUACUACACGCUCUGCAGUCUUCAUUUGUGCUGGAUGGAUGAAGAGGAUGCAGACCAACUAAAGGAAUCAUAUACCUAAUUGUAGACUUGCAACCUGGCACUCAAAAAUGUAUUUUCAGUGUAUUUAUGCAUUAAAGUGGAAUAUCAUUGUUUUGUAAAGCAUUGUUUGUAUUACAAGAACAGCAUCUGGGAUAUUGUCUCUCUCUCUCACUCUCACACACACACACACAC